GGGGCACUUUAGACAAAAUGAAAAUAGGAAACCAAAAAAACCAAAAAAUAAAAAAUAAAAAAAAUUGAGGGGUUUAGGUUAGGGUUUAUAAUCGUCCCACUUCCUAGACUUCGUCUCCUUAACUCCUCCACCUAAGGUUGUCGGAUCCCGGAGUGCUGCGGCCGUCAGCAACCAUGGUUCUUAAGACUGAGCUCUGCCGAUUCAGUGGUGCAAAGAUAUAUCCUGGGAAAGGCAUCAGAUUUAUUCGUUCAGACUCUCAGGUCUUCCUUUUUGCUAACUCAAAAUGCAAGAGGUACUUCCAUAACCGCUUGAAGCCAUCAAAACUCACCUGGACUGCAAUGUACCGAAAGCAGCACAAGAAGGACAUUGCUGCCGAAACUUUGAAGAAAAGGCGUCGCACAACUAAGAAGCCUUACUCAAGGUCCAUAGUUGGUGCCACCUUGGAAGUAAUCCAGAAGCGGAGAACAGAGAAGCCAGAAGUCCGUGAUGCUGCUAGGGAAGCUGCUCUGCGGUAUGUGUACAAUAGGAUGUCAGCCAGUUUAUUUCUCAAGGGUUAUUAGUUCCUAGUGCAAAAGAUAUGUGACGCAUUACACCUCCUUGUAUUUGUGAUCAGUGAAAUCAAAGAGAGAAUCAAGAAAACCAAGGAUGAGAAGAAGGCCAAGAAAGCUGAAGUCACCCGAACACAAAAGACUGCCAAGGGUAGCAUGCCCAAGGGUGCUGCACCAAAGGGUCCUAAGCUUGGAGGAGGGGGUGGGAAAAGAUAAUUUUCCCUAUUCAUUUUUGCUAGCAAUCUCUUGAAGCAUUUAGAUGGGAUCAUAGAAUCCAUACACUCUUCGCUUGUUUCCUCACCAAUUUCUGGGUUAACUUAAUGAAACAUGUUGAACUUAGAUUUUUGGCUGUUCAACAGUAAACUUUUGUGUUUGUGCAAUUGGUUGAUUGACCUGUUAUUCUACUACUAAUUGAAUGGGACGGGGAGGAAAAUUCUUCUUUUUGGUGGAUUGUUAUCAUAACGAAGUUAUGAUACUGAUUCAUUACUUUCAGUGAACCAGAAAGUAUCUUCAUAUUUUGUCAUGAAAAUAAGCUUAACAGAUGACAUUUUCUAGACGGAAAUCAGUGUCCUGAUCAUUUUUAGGCCUCUUGGGUUUUGCACAUCAAAUUUUGAUCAUCCAAAUUUCUAGCAGACUUCACAAGAAAGCAACGGACAAGC